AUGUCGACCGCGCAAGCCGAAGCCGAAGAUGCGCUCUACAAUCUGCGCCUCUCCAUCAAAGAGGGCGCCGUGCCCACGCUGAGCACCAGCGCCGACCCAGCACCAGCAGACAUCGUCACCGGCCUCGCCGCAGCGACUCACGUGUCUUUCAACGUCAAUGGGGCACAUCGCACCUUCCCGCUCACAUCGGCAACCCGUUUUGCGCCAGACAAUAAGCCCUUGGACCUGCGCAGCUGCUACUUCGCAUGGCUGAACAAAGAUGCCUCGGUGACGGACUACUUCGCCGCAGUCCAGACGCUCAACGAGGAACUCCCGUCUGGCGCAGGAGGCUCCGUGCAGAACCUGACCUUUGCGCAGAAGAUCGAGCUCAUCGCCUGGCUGAGCGGCGAGACGGACAGCAGUGAUAGCAUCGCGCCCAUCGACAGCAAUGCCGCAGCCGCAGCAGCCGGUGAUGCGGCCGCCAUCGCCGGCGGCAAGGGCGUGCCCAUGGACAAAGACAUGAAGCGCACUGGUGCGGGCAAGAUGGUGGAUGCGCGCCUACUCCAGAUCUACGACGGAGAGCGGCGCAUGGGCGACCACAACACUGCUCUCCGGGGGACAAAGCCUGUCGACUUUGACAAAUUCCGCAUCCAGGCCAGCCAAAUAUUCCUCCGCAAAGGCCCCCACGACCCCAAAUCAGUGCCCCCAUCUCUCCCCCAAUCCACCGCCCUCGUCUCCAACCUCCAGCGCAAACCCACAAAGCGUCUCGAACCAAUCAUCCUGCUCUCGCCAUCCGCCUCUUCCCUCCUGCGCAUGGGCAACGUCAAGCAGUUCCUCGACGACGGCGUCUUCACGCCCGCCGACGCUACGUCUGCCAGCACCAACAUGGUGCGUGUCCAGCGCGUCAUGCCCUCCAUCUCGUCGUCGCCCAUCACAUUCAUCCUCGUCGAUUCCACGUCUUCGUUCAAGCCUACCUAUUGGAGCCGUGUCGUGGCCAUCUUCACAACGGGCCAAACAUGGCAGUUCAAGACUUACAAGUACAGCAACCCUGCUGAGCUGUUCAGCCACUACCCAGGCGUCUAUGUGGGCUGGAGCAACGAGGAGCCGCCAGAGAACGUCAUCAAUCUGGGUAGGGGUGUUUUGCCGGUCAAGGUGGACAAGUGGACUGGUACAGAGAAGGGCAGGUGGAGGGACAGAGAGGUUGUGGAGAGAAUUUGGGGCAGGAUUGAAGAAGGUAUGAGGAGGGGCGCGUGGACAAAGGACGGGCCGGGCCUUGCUGGACAGCAGCCGGGCAGAUGA